GUUCACGCUGAUGCAUCAAACUUUGCCGACGGCGUAACAAAAGAGGACGCCUAUGAACAAGUGCUCUGGCAGGCCGAGGGCCUGACCACUGACCAGCGUAACUGGUUCAACAGUAACCUUUCAAAUGCUGCCUCUCUGUUGUGGCACGCAUAUAAAUCUUUGGAAUCACCGAGCAAGGAUGUGAACUGGGCUGGCUUUUACGUCCUUGACAAAUCAUCUCAAGAUCCGCAGCUCAUCCUGGGGCCCUUCCAGGGAAAGGUUGCCUGCCAGACCAUCAAGUUCGGCAAAGGUGUUUGCGGAGCAGCGGCAGCGACCCAAGAGGCACAGCUAGUCCGAGACGUGGAGGAGUUUCCGGGACAUAUUGCUUGUGAUGGAGACAGCAAGAGUGAGAUCGUCGUGCCUAUUACGGUGACCCAGGAUGAUGGUUCGAAGAAGCUGGUGGCUAUCAUCGACAUCGACUGCGCUGAGCUGAACGGUUUUGACGAGGUUGACAAGACCCAUCUCGAGCAACUGGCAGCUCUCCUUGCCAAGAGCUGUGACUGGUAG